UGGCAACUACCAAACUUGUCAAGUUUGCGUGAGAAUCUGUAGCUUGUAACUCAUAUCAGAGAGACCUGGAGAGAGACUGAGAUUUAGAGAAACACAGAGACAGAAGCAGAGACUGAGAGUCAGAGAAACACAGAGACAGAAGCAGAGACUGAGAGUCAGAGACCGAGGACACGCAGUGUGGGGUUCACACGGAGAAACCUGCAGGACUGAAUGAAACACUGACACAAUGACAGCAGGCUGGGCACUCAAGGACGCUCUCCGAAGAAACAACUAGACCAACCCCUUCUGAGAGACAAGAAGAGAGGGAUAGAGAGAAAAGAGGGGGUGACAGGACAGGAGUCGUCUGAGCGGGGAUCAGGGAACCCCAGAUUUGAACCGGGUAAUGUGAGAUCCAAUCGGGACAAUACAACUCAAAUCAGUUUCUUUUAUGAUCCCUUCAAGGCACUUUGUAAUCAACAUUGCUGUUUAACGUCUCGGGACUGAAAGACUUGCAGGGGUGCAGGGAGUCAGUGACUCCAGAGUUGCACUGACAGAGCCCUUGCAGUGCAAAAGAACGACAGUGACAGAGCUGUGAAGAGGAACAACAGUGACAGAGGGAGAGCUGUGCAGAGGAACGACAGUGACAGAGGGAGAGCUGUGCAGAGGAACGACAGUGACAGAGGGAGAGCUGUGCAGAGGGGCGACAGUGACAGAGCUGUGCAGAGGAACGACAGUGACAGAGUGAGAGCUGUGCAGAGGGGCGACAGUGACAGAGCUGUGCAGAGGAACGACAGUGACAGAGGGAGAGCUGUGCAGAGGGGCGACAGUGACAGAGCCCCUGCAGUGCAGAGUGGUGACGGUGAUAGAGGUUGCUGUGAGGAUGAAGAGACCCCAUCAGUACAGUGCUCCAGAGACUGACUCCGAGGAGCUCAUCGAUGUGGGACAGGAGGACGGGUUCUGCCCUGUCACCGGGUCCCAGUCCCUCACCACCACCUCUCAGACACAAGCGAGAAAGAGACGGCGUGGGAUCAUUGAGAAACGCAGGAGAGAUCGAAUCAACCACAGCCUGUCUGAGCUGAGACGCCUGGUCCCCAGCGCCUUCGAGAAGCAGGGCUCGUCCAAGCUGGAGAAAGCUGAGAUCCUGCAGAUGACUGUGGAUCACCUGAAGCUGCUCCACGCGAUGGGAGGGAAAGGUUAUUUGGACGCGCACGCCCUGGCAGUGGAUUACAGGAGCCUGGGUUUCCGGGAGUGUGUGGGGGAGGUGGCACGCUACCUGAGCUCCCUGGAGAGCCUGGAGAAUGCAGACCCCAUCGGCACGCGGCUGGUUGCUCACCUCAGCCACUGUGCCAGCGAGAUGGAGCCCCUUCUGCCCAGCCCCGCCUCCCUGCCCUACCCUCACCCCUGGCCCUGGGACUUGCCUCAGCUCUCCAGCACCUUCCCGCGGAGGGGAAGCGAGGUGCGAGUCCCCAGGAGGGACGUUCCUCCUCCCCCCGCAACUGCCCUCCUCGCUGCCUACCCCUCCCCCAUGGGCUGCCUGCCCACCACUCAGCAGGGAGGGGCGAUGGCAGUCCGGAGAAUCGUCCCCAUGGCAACCCUCCGAGGACACGGACUCUCGCAGCCUGGCAACGGCCUGUCACCUGCGCUGCAUCACCCACGCCCCACCCAGCUGUCUUUCAGAGCCUUCGCUCCCUCCUCUCCCCCCUCCAGCGGGGCAGCCCAGCCAAGCCGAUCGUGGGGGACUGAGAUCGGGGCUUUCUGAAGAGCAGACCCAGCCAGGUCUCUGAGCGGGGAAAACCUGCCCCACGAAAUCCGUUUACACAGCAGGGGCAGAUCUGAACGCAGCUGCGCUUUAAAAACAUCAGGACCAAACCGGUCGUUUCCCUUGCAAAAGUUUCCUGUGAUAGUAAGAGCGCAGCAUAGUUUAACAAAGCACAGCGCAAGCACGGUCAAGCACGGUCAAGCACGGUCAAGCACGGUCAAGCAUGGUCAAGCACGGUCAAGCACGGUCAAGCACGGUCAAGCACGGUCAAGCAUGGCAAAGCCCAGGGAGAAAACCACGGUAAAUACAUAAGUAUAACCAUGGGAAAAGCAUGAGGUGAGAACUGCAAAAUGACUGUGAAACGGUACUGUGGAAUCUAAACACAGAUCCAAACACAGAUCUAAACACAGAUCCAAACACAGAUCUAAACACAGAUCCAAACACAGAUCUAAACACAGAUCCAAACACAGAUCUAAACACAGAACUAAACACAGAUCCAAACACAGAUCCAAACACAGAUCUAAACACAGAUCUAAACACAGAUCCAAACACAGAUCUAAACACAGAACUAAACACAGAUCCAAACACAGAUCUAAACACAGAUCCAAACACAGAUCUAAACACAGAACUAAACACAGAUCCAAACGCAGAACCAAACACAGAUCUAAACACAGAUCCAAACACAGAUCCAAACACAGAUCUAAACACAGAUCUAAACACAGAUCCAAACACAGAUCUAAACACAGAACUAAACACAGAUCCAAACACAGAUCCAAACACAGAUCUAAACACAGAUCUAAACACAGAUCCAAACACAGAUCCAAACACAGAUCCAAACACAGAUCCAACACAGAUCCAAACGCAUAUCUAAACACAGAUCCAAACACAGAUCCAAACACAGAUCCAAACACAGAACCAAACACAGAACCAAACACAGAUCCAAACACAGAUCCAAACACAGAACCAAACACAGAUCCAAACACAGAACCAAACACAGAUCCAAACACAGAUCCAAACACAGAACCAAACACAGAUCCAAACACAGAUCCAAACACAGAACCAAACACAGAACCAAACACAGAUCCAAACACAGAUCCAAACACAGAACCAAACACAGAUCCAAACACAGAACCAAACACAGAUCCAAACACAGAUCCAAACACAGAACCAAACACAGAUCCAAACACAGAUCCAAACACAGAACCAAACACAGAUCCAAACACAGAACCAAACACAGAUCCAAACACAGAUCCAAACACAGAACCAAACACAGAUCCAAACACAGAUCCAAACACAGAUCCAAACACAGAUCUAAACACAGAUCUAAACACAGAUCCAAACACAGAUCCAAACACAGAACCAAACACAGAUCCAAACACAGAACCAAACACAGAUCCAAACACAGAUCCAAACACAGAACCAAACACAGAACCAAACACAGAUCCAAACACAGAUCCAAACACAGAUCCAAACACAGAUCCAAACACAGAACCAAACACAGAUCCAAACACAGAACCAAACACAGAUCCAAACACAGAUCCAAACACAGAACCAAACACAGAACCAAACACAGAUCCAAACACAGAUCCAAACACAGAUCCAAACACAGAUCCAACACAGAUCCAAACACAGAUCCAAACACAGAUCCAAACACAGAUCCAAACACAGAUCUAAACACAGAUCUAAACACAGAUCUAAACACAGAUCUAAACACAGAUCCAAACACAGAUCCAACACAGAUCCAAACACAGAUCCAAACACAGAUCCAAACACAGAUCCAACACAGAUCCAAACACAGAUCCAAACACAGAUCCAAACGCAGAUCCAACACAGAUCCAAACACAGAUCCAAACACAGAUCCAAACACAGAACCAAACACAGAUCCAAACACAGAUCCAAACACAGAUCCAAACACAGAUCCAAACGCAUAUCUAAACACAGAUCCAAACACAGAUCCAAACACAGAUGCAAACACAGAUGCAAACACAGAUCCAAACACAGAACUAAACACAGAUCUAAACACAGAUGCAAACACAGAUCCAUUGUUUGCAUUGUUUCAGAACGGGGCUUGUGCAAAGCACAACAGUGUGUGCGAAUCUCUUAAGCAUCAUUUUUGUCUUUAAAAGGAAAUGAAUAAAAAAGGCUUGGUCCGAUUAAUAUUGAGACAGUAGCAGUGUUUGGAUGUGACAUCGUUUGCACUGAAUGAAUCGCCCCUCAUAGAGGAUCAUGAUGAAUUGAACUGAUAGAGCUAUCACUGCCCUGUUUGCUUCCUCGCUGUCUAACUCUCCUGCAGCACCUCUGGUGUGUUUAAUAAAUUCCUAUUAAAAAUA